UGUGCUUGAAUGACAGCGCGCUGUCCUCGCCGGCUUCCGUAGCUCUGCCCCGUCGCUGCGGAAGUGUUGUCCUUAAGUGCAGCAGAGCCAAACUGCUACAGCCUGGAUAAACGCUUCGGCGGCUGUGCUGCAGGUCUCUUCGCGGCCGCGUUUCUCCAUGUCAGCGCUCAUCGUCACCGGGAAACCGCGCAGUAUUAUGUGAGCAGCAUCCGGACGGAGGGAGCAGCGCGUGAAGAGAGUAACCUUGAAUCUUCUAUAUGGGCCAUCUUUUCUCGAAAAAUGGUUUACGCCUGAAGAAGAGGACCCGCAAGUUGCAGCACAAGAAGAAGAAGAAGAGGAACUGUUUCCUGCAGGGGCCGUGCAUGCUCUGUUUCCUCGUCCACAGCAAUAGCACCGGUCUGGACGACGACGGUGACCAUCUGGAGGCCGGCGUGAACGGCUGCUGCCACAACACAAUCACCGGAAUCAGCGUCGCCCACAUUGGGGGAGUCGGCCUCGGACCAGCGGCUGCCUCAAAACUCGCCGAGCGAUACGCGACCAUUGCCUCACCUGAGGAGUGCUCCAAGUACCUGCUGUCCCCGAGGGAACUGGGGAUCUGGGAGGGCCAGGGGAGGGGCAUUUUGUCCGCUGUUCCUGCCAAACUGAUUCCAGCGCCGGCUCUUUUCCGAACGGCUGGUGUGUCUGUGACUGUGCCCAUUCCUGUGCCUAUACCCAACUGCACCGUCGACUACACUGAGAUGGUGUGUAAGAGGAAGUGCUCCGAGGUGCACAGGUGCACCCCUUGCAAGCAGCCGCGCUGUGCCUUUGCCGUCCCUGACGGAGGGCUGGAGCACGACGGAACGGGAGGAGGGGGAGGAGAGGCUGCCUCGAACUCUGAAACUGGCCACUGCCACCUUCCCCGAUGCCCGGUUCCCUCCUCGUCGUCCGCGUCCGCCUCCUCGCCGGCUGACGGCUGCUGUGGGCUGGGUCUUCAAAUGGACUCGCCCCACAGCUCUGGCUCGUCCCCCUGCUGCCUGCAUCACUAUGACGACUCUCAGGCGAGAAGUUCCGAUGCUGCUGAUCACUUAAGUAUCAACCACCUGCCUUCCUCCAUCCUUCUCAAGGUGCUGUCCCACCUGACAGUGAAGGAGCGCUGUCUUUGUGCCUCUCUGGUUUGCAAAUACUGGAGGGACCUCUGCUUGGACUUUCAGUUCUGGAAGCAAAUCGACCUCAGUGGCCUACAACAAGUCAAUGAUGAUCUCCUUGUGAAAAUAGCUUCUCGAAGGCAGAAUGUGACAGAGAUCAACAUCUCAGAUUGCAGGGGGGUGCACGAUCACGGCGUGUCCUCUUUGGCCUCACGCUGUCCAGGCCUGCAGAAGUACACAGCCUACAGGUGCAAGCAGCUGGGAGACAUCUCCCUGUCUGCUUUGGCCUCACACUGCCCUCUCCUGGUCAAGGUGCAUGUUGGAAACCAGGACAAACUAACAGAUGCAUCACUGAAGAAGCUUGGAUCAAACUGCAGUGAAUUGAGAGACAUCCAUUUAGGACAGUGCUACGGUAUCACAGAUGAAGGCAUGGUGGCGUUGGUCAAAGGAUGUCCAAAACUGCAGAGGCUCUACUUGCAAGAGAACAAAAUGGUCACGGAUCAGUCUGUGCGGGCCGUAGCGGAGCAUUGCCCUGAGCUGCAGUUUGUGGGCUUUAUGGGAUGCCCUGUGACCUCUCAAGGUGUCAUCCAUCUUACCGCGCUUCAUAACCUGAGCGUCCUGGAUCUACGGCACAUCUCCGAGCUCAACAACGAGACUGUGAUGGAAGUGGUGAGGAAGUGUCGCAAACUCAGCUCCUUGAACCUCUGCCUCAACUGGAGCAUUGACGACAGGUGUGUGGAAAUCAUUGCCAAGGAGGGCCGAAGUCUGAAGGAGCUGUAUCUAGUGUCCUGUAAAAUCACCGACCACGCUUUGAUAGCCAUUGGCCAGUACAGCACUACCAUAGAGACGGUGGAUGCCGGCUGGUGUAAAGACAUCACAGACCAAGGAGCCACACAGAUUGCUCAGAGCAGCAAGUCACUCCGCUAUUUGGGCCUCAUGAGAUGUGACAAGGUGAACGAGGAGACGGUGGAGAGGCUGGUGGUCCAGUAUCCUCACAUCGUGUUCAGCACAGUGAUGCAGGACUGCAAGAGGACCCUUGAGAGAGCGUAUCAAAUGGGCUGGAGCCCCAACACGUCCAACUCCUCGUAGCUAACGCCGGACCUCGCCGAGUCACAGACGCGCACGCAGAAAAACUGAGUUCUGUUCAGCUCUGCCAUGCUAGCUUCUCAUUCACCAUCACCACAUGCAUGUGUAGCAACACAAGACAAAGCGUCGAGCCAUCUGAAUCCUUUAGGUUUCCAUUCUUGAUAUUUUCCACUUUAAAUGAUCAUCCUUCAGACCAGAAGCAACACAAAAGCACGUGUUACUAUAAGUUAAGGUUAAGAAUGUGAAGUGUCUCUGGAACGUCUGCAUGCAGAGGAGGGAGUUGACUUUUGACUGCUUUUGAUUAUACUUCUAUAAAAACAAGUUUUAAUCAAUUAAAAAAAAAAGAUAAUUUUCAGCACCUGAAAAAACUGAAUUUUAUCUAUAAGAAGGUUUUCUCUCUGUGGAAUGACUCAGCUGUUACAGACCAAGGAGAUUAAAAAAUACAGAGAAAACAAGCAAACGAAAAUGUGAUUUUACUUUUGUGUUCAUUAAAAACAAUGUUUAUUGAACAUAAGUACAGUGUUUAAUGUUAAUGUUUUUGCAGACUUACAAUGCAGUGUUUUUUGGCUGAAUCUGGUUAAAUUGAGAUGAAUGUCUAUCCUGCAGAAAUCUAAAAUUGAAUUUUAGUUAUGGCCUUCAUGUGGGUCAUAGGAAACAUUAAAAAGGAAGUAAUUGGUUUAUUACCAUCUAAUUCAUGGAGCAAAAUCAAUUUUUGAAAAAAGAAAUAUUUAUCUGAUUUAUAUGAAACCUUAUUCAUAUUGUUUGGUCUACAUAUAUGCACAUAUAUAUAAAUAUAAAUAUAUAUACAGACAUGAAUACUGCAUUAGAUUUAUUUAGUCAACUUUUGGUUUUGACAUAUUUGUAACAUUAGCUGUGUAGCAAAGCAGUGAGCGUUUUUUUCUCUUACAUGUGGAGCAGUUUGAAAGAAAACUGGCUUUUGAAUAUAAGUGUCUGAGUGAGUGUUUUUUUUUUCUUUAUUAUAUAGAAGCUAUGUAGUGUACAGUGAAAGAAUUACAAACAGCCAGGGUAUUUUUGUACGGCGUGCUCAGUCACCUCUCGCUGUCACUCACACAGAAACUAAAGCUCAUUGGAUUGAACUGUAAACUUUUUCAGCGGGGUUGAGAGUUGAAAUCCGACUCGUUUAACCCUGUUCAGGAUUUGUAGACUUUAUUCAACAGAGGAUUUCUCUUUCCUUCCUGUUUUGAUCUCUUUCUGUUCUUUUGUAAUCCCUGUGCGCACUGUUUUCUCUGCUAGAUGUUGACUCACUUUAUUCCUGAUCUGUUAAGACAACCAUAAAUGACUGGAUUUACAUAAUGAUGAAUAAAACACUACAACUUGAA